UUGAGUUCGCAAACAUGAAGUUAGAGCAGUGUUUGACGGAAAAGAGCGUGAAUCAAAAACUUCUGAACAUUCAGUAUGCGGUGCGCGGGCCGGUAUUGGAACGUGCGGUACAGAUUGAGAAAGAACUGGAGAAAGGCGUGAGUAAGCCUUUCAAACGCGUGGUUCGCGCAAACCUCGGUGACGCUCAUGCGCUCGGUCAGAAGCCUUUUACUUUCAUAAGACAGGUGUUAGCGCUCGUCGCGUGCCCCGAACUGAUGACAUGGCCCAACAUCCCCGAGGACGUCAAGGAACGCGUUAAAGAAAUUCUUGAAGAUUGCAUCAAAGGUUCCGCUGGCGCCUAUUCCCCGUCAGGCGGGCUGAGUGUGGUGCGCAGGCGCGUGGCGCAGUACCUGCACGCGCGCGACGGAGUGGGUGCGGCGCCGGAGCACGUGUACCUCGGCGCGGGCGCCUCCGACCUCGUCAAAACUGUGCUCUCCUUGUUCGUGCACGACGUCGACGGGAAACCACCAUCGGUGAUGGUGUCGAUACCUCAGUAUCCACUUUUUUCGGGAACUCUUUCUGAAUUAGGAUUGCGUCAAGCCAAUUAUUACUUAGACGAGGAAAAUAACUGGGCUCUGAAGAUCCAGGAGUUAGAGAGAUGUUGGCGAGAGGCGAGUGUGGACAGUCACGUGCGAGUUCUGGUCGUCAUAAAUCCUGGAAACCCCACGGGGCAGGUGCUUACGAGAGAAAAUAUUGAGGAAAUAAUAAGAUUCGCGUAUGAUCACGAUCUCUUCAUAUUGGCUGAUGAGGUCUACCAAGAGAACAUUAUUUCUAAGGACUUCCAUUCCUUUAAAAAGGCGAUGCACGAAAUGGGUGCGCCCUAUAGCGGCAUGGAGCUAGCAAGCUUCAGCACGAGCUCGAAGGGCUGGGCGGCGGAGUGCGGCCUGCGCGCCGGCUUCGUGGAGCUGCCGCGCCUCGACCCUCGCGUGCGCGCCGCCUUCGAGGCCACGCGCGGCCUGCAGCAGUGCCCCUCCGUACUCGGGCAAUGCGCGCUGGACUGCAUCAUGCGGCCGCCGCGGGCGGGCGAGGCGUCGUACCCGCGCUGGUGGAGCGAGCGCGCAGCCGUGCGCCGCGUGCUGGCCGAGCGCGCCGCCGCCGCCGCGCGGGCGCUCAACGCCAUCCCGGGGUACUCCUGCAACCCUAUCGAUGGCGCAGUGUUCGCGUUCCCGCGCGUGGAGCUGCCGGCGCGCGCGCAGGUCGCCGCGGCCGAGCUGAACGUGUCUGCGGACGAGUUCUACUGCUUGCGUUUGCUGGAGGAGACAGGUAUUUGCGUAGUACCGGGUUCAGGGUUCGGUCAGCUACCGGGCACUUUUCACUUUCGGACCACCAUCCUGCACCAACAGGAGGAGUUCCAGUACAUGAUGGAGUCCUUCCGACGAUUUCACAUCGACUUCCUCCCUAAAUACUCAUAACACAUAAAGGCGAUCACAGAUAUUGCUGU